UUUUCCUUUUCCCGCACUAGGAUAAUAGCCUAUAUCAACCUAACCAUAGUUCUCAUUCAGAUAAAUAUUAAACAUCGGCUUAUGGGUGCCAACUCCCUCAUAAAGAAGCUCCAGACCAAGCUUUGUUUCAACAAUGGAUAAUUUGUUUAGACAAACAAGGGUGCGAUUUUCAGGAUUCGGGCAGGAGAAGAAAGAGGAGUCUGGUAGCAGCAGAGACCAAAAAAUUUCACCCCAGAAAACUGUAACUUUUAAAGAUAGAAAGAAAGAUCAGAACUGGUUCAGGAGACAAUUCAAUAGGCAAAUGAGUCAAAAUAAUGAUUCUAACGAUAUUGACCAUGCAACCGCUGUGGCAGCUGCUGCAUAUGCCAUUAGCUCACUCAAAGACUUAGGCAUCCAAUAUCAAAAAGAGGAGCCUGGAACCUCUAAGAUAACAAGCAAGAGCAAGAAAGAAGAGGCAACAAUUUCGAUCCAGGAACCUGGUAGAGCUUCAAAAAGAUUUUCCGGUCAAGGUACAAUGAAAAGUUCAGAAUACCCAGCCAGCAUGGUGCCAGCAACUUCCGCUACUGAUACAAAAAAACCUGAAAAAACCUUGCUUCCAGCCCCAUCAUUUAGAAAGACUGCAUCAGCGCUUGAUAUGGAACUGAGCGGCGAUUCGAAAGUUGGAAGAACAGCAUCAAAACCUGAGGUAGGUGCCAAACCGCCAAACGAUAGGCAGUUGAGCCGAAGAUUUGAAACUGAAACUUCAACAUCAAAACCUAAUUUGGCCACCACCGAGAAGCCUGCAUCCCUGCCUCCUCCACCUCAACCAAAGAGACAGAGUUCAACAGGGCCUGGAAUGAGGAAAACUCAAGCGGACGCCUGGGAAGAAGCUGAGAUGGCGAGAAUUAAAGAAAGGUAUGAGAAGCAAAUAGCGACUAUACUUGACUGGGAGCAGAAAAAGAAGGCAAAAGCCAAACGCCAUGCAGAAAAAUCAGAGAGAAAAUUGGAGGAAAAAAGAGCAAAAGACACAAAAAAGAACCGCAACGAGAUGCAAUAUAUAGAUCAAGUUGCAGGGGGUGCAAGGGCAAAGGCAGAAAAAAAGAAGAUGAACGACGAAUUAAAGAUCAAAGAAAAGGCUAAUACAAUCAGGAGAACAGGGGUCCUUCCAAAAACAUGUUUCUGCUUCUGAAUUUUAAAUACUAUGUAAUUUGAGAUACUUUCAACUGUGAAAAUAAACGAACCAGUUAUUUCUUUACAGCACUUUACUCAAAAUGAAACAAUAGUCAGAUGAAAUUUGUUGUGUGA